AUGUCGAGUAGACAGCUGCGGAAGUUGCAACAGCAACGCGAACUCGAACAAGCGAAGCUUCAGGCUGAAGCGGAGGAAGCAGAAGAAUCCGAGGACGAGCCAGUUGUGCCCGCGAAAUCGAAGGCGAGCCUGUUUGCGAACUUAGCGGCAUUGGAAGACCAGGGAGCAGAAGAAGAUGAGGAAGACUCGGAGGCAGAGGAACCAGCUGCCGCUGUAGAAGCAACACCUGUCGUAGCUCAGAAGAAGGUCAAGAAGUCGAAAAAGAAGAAGAAAGCGAAGACUAAAGUAAAGGACACGGAACAGGCACUGGCGGAUUCUAAAAAUGACGCCGACGAUAUAGACAAAGCAUUAAGGGAAUUGAAUUUGAAGUCACCAUCUGGGACUGACAGCGCUAGAAAGGCUCCCAUCAACGCCGAGUAUGAAAGGGUGUGCGCGUUGUUAGGGAUUACUACACAGCAUCUCAAAGUCGCGAAUGAGAUGAGGAGUUUGUUUGGGAAGGCUGCAGUAGAAGUCCAAGAUGAGCCGGGAGGACAUGCUAGAGGACAGCGGAAUAGACAGCGAGGCCAGAACCAGCAGGUUGAUUUGGAAACGGCGCUGAAAGGAAGACAUGCGCCUGGAAAAGGCUUGCCAGAACUCACCUUGCGACGUAAUAAUCUCAUACAAGGAAAGGAUGAUUGGCCAAAGGCUCCUACUGGUGGUUUGACUAUGGUGGUAGCAGAUGAUCCGCGAACAACAGAUGGCACAGUUGAGUUCAGAUUCGAUCACAACAAAGAUUAUCAGGCGCUGCAACAGGCAUUCUAUGGUUUCGUUGAAAUGGGAGAUCCUCAAAAUCUUAUAGGGCUUCUUGUGCGAAAUCCCUAUCAUAUCUCCCUCCUCAUACAAGUCAGCAAGAUCGCGAAAGACCAAACAGAUCAUGCUCUGUCGUCAGAUCUACUUGAAAGAGCGUUGUUCACUUUUGGGAGAGCAGCAACUACGUUGUUCAACAGUAAAUUAUCGAGCGGAAAAGCACGACUUGAUUUUUCUCGGCCAGAAAACAGAGAAAUUUGGCUUGCUGGGUACCAGUACAUCAAGAGCUUAGUGAUGAAAGGAACUUACAGAACAGCGCUAGAAUGGGCGAAGCUCCUGCUAAGUUUUGAUCCUGAAGAAGAUCCCUACUGCAUGCGAUUGAUGAUCCAUCAUCUUGCUUUGCGAGCUCACGAAUUCAAUUGGCUCUUAGACAUGUUCGAAAGCGACCUUCCUAAGGACUGGCAACAUCUAGAUACGGCUGAUGAGGAAAGUGCUGAUGUAAUGUCACAUUUCAAACCCUCGUUAGCAAUCGCUGCCAUGUCCUUGAAAGAGGGAAAGCAGUCCCGAAAGCUGUUAACAGAAUCAAUGCAGACGGUUCCCUGGCUGUUCUGUCGCCUCUUCAAGGAUCUGAAUCUAGACGCUCCUCCAUCUAUAUGGGGAAUUGAAGCAAGGUCAGAUGCGGAAAGUCUGUUUACAGAAAUUUACGUUCGCCAGGCCAAAGAUUUAUGGAAUACACCCGAAGCUACCGCACUACUUAUGGAAAUAGCACAUACGGUACCCAAGAUCAACGUCGCUUCAAUACCCAUACUCGAUAACAGCAGAAUGUCAUUAGAUGUGGUUCGGUUUGUCUAUCUAGAUAACACUCCAGCACUUAUGGCUUUAGCGCCAUCCGCGCUUCUUCACCGAAGCAACAAUUCCGAUGCGGACCCUCUACCACCAGUAAUGAACACCUAUUCUUACGAAAGCCAACGACGUGCAUUGGACGACGGAACCGGUGAGAACGAUCUUGGGGGAGAUUUCUUCAAUCCAUUGGCAGCAUUAGCUCGCCUAUUACCGGGUUUACGUCAACCCGGCAACGAUGAUGGCGACAUAGAUGAUGAAGAUGUCAGACGAGAAAUAGAACAUGCUAUGGCCAACGAGGAAGGUGAAAGACCUCCAAAUGGAACAGUUCCGGUACCGAUAUCUCUCGCCAGGAGAUUGAUGAACAUGAUCUGGCCGGGCGCAAAUGAUGACGAUGAAGAUGAUGAAUGGACUGAAGACGAAGGAACUGAUACUGACUUUGAUCCUGGCGACGAGAUGCCAGAUUCAUUGAUAGAGCAAAGUGCCGAAUAUUAUGAGGGUAUGCCCGAUUUGGUGGAUGAGGAAGACCCGGAUUUUGAUGAUAUGCCGGAUCUUGUACCUCAGUAA